CCAGGUGCUUCUUCUCUUCAGGAAAGUCGGCAGUCUUAAAACCAUCAAACUGAAGCUCUCUCUGUCUGUCGCUUCAGCUAGUUACGGUUGUUUAACCGUAGACCUCUCGCUCUUCGCAGUUUGAGCCCUCACGACGGCAAUUGCAGGGAAGUAGAAAACAGAGUGUGGGGAGAGAUGGAGGUAGAAUUGGAGCCAAGAGUGAAACCCCUAGGAUUCAAGGUUAAGGGGAUGUCGCGCGAAACGGCAACGCAGAAGGCCUCGAAUGUCCUCGACUCUGACCUCCGUACUCACUGGUCCACCGCCACCAACACCAAAGAAUGGAUCCUUCUUGAGCUCGACGAACCUUGCCUACUAUCGCACCUACGAAUCUACAAUAAGUCGGUUCUAGAAUGGGAAAUUUCGGUUGGAUUACGCUACAAGCCAGAAACUUUUGUGAAAGUCCGCCCGCGCUGCGAAGCACCUCGUCGUGAUAUGAUAUACCCCAUGAAUUACACUCCAUGCCGCUAUGUGAGAAUAUCUUGCUUGCGGGGAAAUCCCAUAGCAAUUUUUUUCAUUCAGCUCAUUGGGAUUUCAGUAACUGGUCUGGAACCAGAAUUUCAACCAGUUGUUAAUCAUUUGUUGCCACACAUUAUAUCACACAAGCAAGAUGCUGACGAUAUACAUCUUCAGUUGCUUCAAGACAUCACAAAUCGGCUGCUUGUCUUCCUUCCACAACUUGAGGCCGACCUUCACUGCUUCCCAGAUGCUGCUGAGCAUAAAUUACGUUUUCUUGCCUUGCUUGUGGGCCCAUGUUACCCAAUACUGCAUGUUGUGAAUGAAAGGGAAGCUGCAAGGUCAUCCAGCAAUAUUAGUGAAUUUGAAGUUAAUAAAAACAGUCAAACAUCAGCAUCAUUAACUGUUUCCUCUAACUUUGAGCCUAGGAGAUCACGUAGUGCACCACAUUUUGUCUCAUCCACAUCUAGUUCUGCGGUAUUCCGCCCAGAUGUAAUUUUUGUGCUGCUGAGAAAGGCAUAUAAGGAGUCUGAUCUAGGAACUGUUUGCAGAAUGGCUUGUUGUGUGCUGCAUAGGCUUGUAGAUCCUAUUACGGUACAAGAAACUAGUGAAGUUAUACCGGUGUUGGAUGAGGCAUCAAAAAUUGAAGUAUCUCACCCUGUUCAUUUAUACGAUUACUCAAGCUUGUUUGGAGAGGAUUUCCGGAUGCUCGACGAACACUGGGACUCUAGUAUUCUUAGUGUUUUGGAUAUUGCGGCAGUAGAAGAAGGGAUUUUGCAUAUUCUUUAUGCUUGUGCGUCACAGCCUCUGCUUUGCUGUAAAUUGGCGGAGAGUGCUUCUGACUUUUGGUCCGCAUUACCACUUGUACAAGCAUUGCUGCCAGCUCUUCGUCCAUCUGUGAACAGCCUUGGGUAUCAGGUCGAUGAUAGCUUCUCUCAAUGGAAGCAACCUUUUGUACAUCAAGCCCUUUCCCAGAUUGUAGCCACUUCAUCUUCAUCAUUGUACCGUCCUCUUCUUCACGCCUGUGCUGGCUAUUUGUCGUCAUAUUCGCCAUCCCAUGCUAAAGCUGCAUGUGUUUUGAUCGAUCUGUGUUCUGGUGUGCUCUCUCCUUGGACCGCUCAAGUGAUUGCAAAGAUUGAUCUAACUAUUGAGCUUCUAGAGGAACUUUUGGGCACAAUUCAGAGUGCCCAGCAUUCCCCAGCACGUGCUCGUGCGGCCCUCAAAUAUGUUGUACUGGCUCUUUGUGGGCAUAUGGAUGAAAUACUUGGGAAGUAUAAGGAAGUUAAGCAUAAAGUUCUCUUUCUCUUGGAGAUGCUAGAGCCCUUCCUUGAUCCUGCUAUCUAUGCAUUAAAAAGCAAAAUAGCGUUUGGAGAUGUAUCUUUUACUUUCAUGGAAAAGCAGGAACAUAAUUGUGUGAUUGCCCUUAAUGUCAUCCGUACAGCAGUACAAAAGCCAGCAAUUCUUCCUUCCUUGGAAUCUGAAUGGAGACGUGGAUCAGUUGCUCCUAGUGUUAUUCUCUCAAUUUUGGAACCUCACAUGCAGUUGCCGCCAGACAUAGACCUUUGCAGGUCUCCUGAUGUGAAAGAUCUUGAGCAUGAAGCUUCAGCCGUUUCUUCUCUCACUUCUGGUCUUCGCUAUGAUGGAGCUUCAUCAAAAUCAAAUAGCCUAGAUGAAUCUGAUGGAAAAAUUGAUGUCACUGAUUCAGCUGUCAAGACUGAAAUGUAUGAAGACGUUAGUCUUUUCUUUGCCCCUCCUGAACUGCGUAACAUAGUACUGCGAAAUGUUUCUAGCAGCCCUACUGAACAUAACUUCAUUUCCAAGCAGAAAGAUGUCUACUGGGAACAGAAACAGGUGGUGGAGAAAAAAUUUUCUAAGAUAAUCCAGAAUGGCCUAGUCUUAGAGGAAGUUUUUGCUACUGAUUACCCCAGCUUGCAAGCAGAUUUUUUUCAACUUGUCAAUUUUCGAGAUUGUGAGAUCAGGGCUACUGAAUUUCAGCGUUUGGCUUUAGAUUUGCACUCUAACCAUGAGAUUGCUGCUGAAGCUCAUGAUGCUGCUAUAGAUGCUUUGUUAUUGGCAGCGGAAUGCUAUGUUAAUCCUACUUUUAUGAUGUCUUCCAAGGCCAGUUCAAAGGUCACAGACCUAUUGAAUGUCAGCGGGGUUAAAGCUCCUGAAAUCUCUCAGCAGACCAAAGUUUCCAAAAGAAAUAAAUGUGACUUGGAAACAAUAGCUCUUCUUGAAAGGAAAAGGGACAAGUUUGUUCUUCAAUUACUGGUUGAAGCUGCUGAAUUAGACCUGAAGUAUCAGAAAAACAUGUCUGAUGUGGAAUUUUCUUCAUACUAUACUGAGGAAGUCAAUGACCAAGUGGUACAGUUAUCUGCUGUUGAUCUUCAAUCUGCAGAUGCAAUCACACUGCUCCGGAGAAAUCAAGGUUUAUUGUGCAAAUUUCUCAUUGAGAGGUUGAAAAGGAAGCAGCAUUUGAUGCAUGAAAUUCUUUUGCAUUGUCUGGUGUUUUUUUUGCACUCGGCCACUCAACUUUACUGUGCUUCUGAAGAAGUUAUUGAUAUCAUAAUAGCAUCUACUGAGCAUCUAAAUGAGAUGCUAACAUCCCUAUUUAAUCAAAUCAAGGAUGGAAAUGUGCAGUUGGACCCAGAAAAAAGUUGCAGGAUACGGCAACGCUGGGUGCUACUUCAAAGAUUGGUAAUUGUGUCGAGUGGGGGUGAUGAAGGAUUAGGCAUUGUCACUGUCAAUAAUGGAGUUCGUUAUCACAAUUUAAUUUCUCCAUCCACCUGGAUGCAGAGAAUAUCUACAUUUUCUAGUUCUCCUUCCCCUUUAGUUAGAUUUAUUGGCUGGAUGGCUAUAUCUCGUAAUGCAAAACAGUACAUCAAAGAGAGGCUUUUCCUUGCUUCAGACUUGUCACAGUUGACAUAUUUACUAUAUAUAUUUGCUGAUGAGCUUGCAAUGGUAGAUAAUGCGGUCAGAAAAACCUAUGAAAAUGGGAAGUCUGAGCAAUCCAGAGGGAAACAUGAUUCUUCAAUUGGUCAAGGUUAUGAGAAUGCUGAUCAAGAACGUGGAGAACAAUCUUUUCGUGUGAUAUAUCCUGCUCUUAGUAAGUUUUUUCCAAAUAUGAAAAUUCAGUUUGAAGCCUUUGGGGAAAUCAUUUUGGAGGCUGUUGGGUUGCAGCUGAAGUCUCUCUCUCCCAGUGUUGUGCCUGAUAUUUUGUGUUGGUUUUCUGACUUGUGUUCAUGGGAUAUUUUUCAAAAUAAACAAAAUUUCUAUCGAAAUUGUCCUGAUAAUUUGAAAGGUCAUGUUGCAAAGAAUGCCAAAGCGAUAAUCCUGUACAUACUUGAUGCCAUUAUUAUUGAGCACAUGGAGGCAAUGGUGCCUGAAAUCCCUAGAGUGGUGCAAAUUUUGGUAUCCCUCUGUAAGGCCUCCUAUUGUGAUGUAUCAUUUCUUGAUCUUGUGAUGCGGUUGCUGAAGCCAAUUGUAUCAUAUUCGUUGCAUAAGGCAUCUAAUGAAGAAAACACAUCAGAUGAUGAUUUAUGUCUUAGCUUUGAGUCCUUGUGCUUCGAUGAACUUUUUAUCAACGUGAAAGGAAAAAGGGAGAAUCAAGAUAAUUCUGAGGAAAAAGGUUGCAAUAGAGCACUGGCGAUUUUCGUCCUGGCUUGUAUUUUUCCUGAUUUCUCCUUUCAGCGCAGAAGAGAAAUGUUGCAAUCUGUAACUUUAUGGGUUGAUUUUACUGCUUUUGAGCCAACCACUUCUUUCCAUGACUACCUUUGUGCAUUUCAGAAAGUUAUGGAGAGUUGCAAAACUUUGUUGACUCAUACUUUAAGAGUUUUAUGUGUUAUACCACUUCAGCUCCCCCAUUCUUCUGAUGUGAGCACAGGUUCACUUGAUGACCAAAACUCGGGAUCCCAUUCUUGGUUUCUUGAUGAUAUAUGCCAAAACUCUUUUGAUUCAGAGAAGGAAGAAAAUAAUGUUUUAGACGUCAUUAAUCAAAGGAAUUGUUAUUUAUCUUCUGAGCAAAUAGAAGACUUCUGUGAAGACUUGGAGAGCCUCAUCAAUAAGCUUUUCCCAGCUAUUGAACUCUGCUGGAAUUUUCAUCAUCAACUGGCCAAGAAGUUGACCAUUACAUCAGCGCAGUGUUUUAUGUACUCUAGAUGCUUAACUUUGGUUGCAAAGAAAGUUCAAAAUGUAGAAGAGAAUGACGGUGCUCAGUUCCCCGUCCAUUGGAGGUUUAGCCAAGAGGGACUUGCUGGAAUCAUUACAGCACUCCAAGAAAACCGUUGUUGGGAAGUUGCAUCUGUGAUGGUUGAUUGUUUACUUGGACUACCACAUUGUUUUCACUUGGAUAGUGUCACAAAUACGAUCUGUUCAGCAAUAAAAAGGUUUUCAUGUGGUGCACCAAAAAUUGCUUGGCGUUUGCAGCCGGAUAGAUGGUUGUCAUUGUUAUUUGCAAGAGGCAUACAUAACCAUCAUCAAAGUGAGGAUCCUCUUGUUGAUCUGUUUUGUGCAUUGCUGGGUCAUCGGGAGCCCGAGCAACGGCUUAUAGCUCUAAAGCACUUGGGUAAACUGGUUGGCCAAGAUGUGAACGCAGAAACUGUAGUAGUGUCUUCUGAAAUUCACAAUAAGUUAAUUUUUCCAGGCACAAUUCUUUCAGUUCCUGAGCCAGUUUUAUCCCAUCUGGUUUCGGGUACAUGGGAUCGGGUGGCUUUACUGGCAUCAUCUGAUACUUCAUUGACUUUGAGAGUUCGUGCUAUGUCACUUCUUGUGGAUUAUAUUCCAUAUGCUCAGCGGCACCAUUUGCAAUCAUUUCUUGUCGCUGCGGAUACUGUUUUUCAUGGCUUAGGGAAACUUGCACAUCCAACAUGUGAAGGCCCAUUACUGCGGCUUUCACUAGCACUUAUUGCUGGUGCCUGCCUGCACUCUUCUUCUGAAGACAUCUAUUUGAUACCUCAAAAUGUCUGGAGAAAUAUCGAGACCAUAGGAAUUUCAAAAACUGAAGCCAGGCAUGGGAAUCUGGAGAAAAAGAUGUGUGAAGUCUUGUGUAGGUUAAGAAAUGAAAGGGACGAAGACAAGGAGGUUCUUAGGGAAGUGCUCACUUCAAAUCCUACACAACAACCUGAUCCAGAUUUUGGAAGCACUCGUGAAUCGAUUCUUCAGGUCCUCGCGGGUCUUAGUUCUGUUGACUCAUACUGUGAUAUUUUCUCAGAGAAAAUCGACCAAGAGGCCACGGAACUAGAGGAGGCUGAAAUAGAACUGGACCUUAUUCAGAAAGAAUCUGCAUUUCAAGAAUCAUCGAAAGAUUCCACAAAAGAGAAUCAGGGUGCUUCUCUUUUCUUGGUCUAUAGGCACAGUCAUAAUUCUUCGUUUUCACUUUUCUGUUCAAUUUUGCAUUGUCCAGCUUCUGUAGGGGAUGGCAGUCUUCAACAAAUCAAGGACCGCAUUCAAUCCUUAGAUAAGGCCAAACUUCGAGAAGAUAUAGUAUCCCGAAGGCAAAAAAAACUUCUCAUGAGACGUGCCCGUCACAAAUAUUUAGAGGAAGCAGUUUUACGAGAAGCAGAACUUCAGCAAGAACUUGAUAGGGAGAGGGCAGCAGAAGUGGAAAAGGAGAUUGAGAGACAACGGUUGCUGGAAAUUGAGCGUGCCAAAACCAGGGAGCUGCGUCACAAUCUUGAUAUGGAGAAGGAGAGGCAAACACAGAGAGAACUUCAGCGUGAAUUGGAGCAAGCUGAAUCUGGAAUCCGAUCAUCACGACGUGACUUUUCUUCCUCCACACAUAGUAGUCGCCCUCGGGAAAGGUAUCGUGAAAGGGAGAAUGCAAGAGCAGGAAGUGGAGGGAGUGCAAGAACGACUGGUGGAAACAUGCAGCCUGAAAUUUCUACUAGCAGUUCAUCCAUGGUAGGAAUGCCAACUAUUGUUCUAUCUGGGACUCGGAACUUUUCAGGCCAGCCACCAACAAUUUUACAGACGCGUGAACGUCCAGAUGAAUAUGGUAGCAGUUAUGAAGAAAACUUGGAUGGAAGUAAGGACUCGGGUGAUGCAGGUAGUGUUGGGGAUCCAGACUCAGUCUCGGCAUUUGAUGGACAGCCUGGUGGGUUUGGGUCUGCGCCAAGGCAUGGGUCUAGAGGGAGUAGAUCCAGGCAGGUAAUGGAUCGGAAAGAAAGGGAUGCAAGACAUGAAGGAAAAUGGGAAAGAAAACACUCAUAAUAGGCAUUUGUUAAACGAGCAACAAGGACUAGGAUGAAGUAGCUGAACAUUUCCUUGAAGGUCUGCUUGUUUGGAGGAAGAACGAAAGAAAAGGAAAGGUUUCCGGAGUAGUCUUUACUCGCAAGGCAGGCGGAGCAUGAGGCGGUGAAGAGAUCAAUGCCAAUUAUGCCAUGACACAAUGAAGUCCCAUUUAGGGUCCCGGUGUCGAUUGUUGUACAUGCUUUUGUUGUUGUUGAAAAAAAUUAUUGUCAUAACUAGUGUCUUUUGUAAUCAUAUAUAAACAGCAUUAUCUUUUGAUGGUUGUCUGACUUAGUAGUCUUAUUUUAGGGAAUAUGAACUAUUUGUAAGAAAUAUAGGCUAGUAUAAAUUAUAAAAUGGUGAUGUAUCAGAGGCUCAAUCUUCUUGUGUC